AUGUCCAAUAUUUUUCAUCUUAACUUGAAUUGCAAAGAGCCCAUACCCGAUGUGCCAACUAUCCUUAGCAAACCCAACAAGAGGUGGCACUUGGCUUUACAUCCUCUUCUCAAUGAGAAGAGGAAGGAGAGCAGCAAACUCCCGGUUACUACUCCUUCCUUUGUUGCCCUCAAUGUUAAGCCCGAUGCCUUCUCAAGCAUUGAUCAGACAAGUCUCACUGCAAUUGUGAAGGAGAAAAACUUAGACCUGCUUCUUGAAUUUGGAGGAGUUGAAAGCGUGGCUGAUGCUCUAGAAACAGAUGUCAAAAAUGGCAUCUGUGGUGCUGUUCACGAUAUUGCUCUCAGACAGGAGGUUUUCGGUUCAAACACAUACCAGACUGCUAAAAGCUUAUUCCACUUCGUGAUGGAACCUUUUAAGGAUCUCACCAUUCUCAUACUUCUACUUUGUGCAACGCUCUCUCUCGGUUCUGGAAUUAAAGAGCAUGGACUGAAGGAAGGGUGGUAUGAUGGUGGAAGCAUAUUUGCUGCCGUCCUUCUAAUCAUUUCUGUGUCUACUCUGAGUAACUUCAGGCAUAACAGACUAUUAGAAAAAUUGUCUAAAGUCAGCAACAAUAUCAAAGUUGAUGUUGUGCGAAAUGGGCGCCGUCAGCAGAUCUCUAUAUUUGAAAUAGUAGUUGGUGAUGUUGUUUGCCUAAAAAUUAGUGACCAAGUUCCUGCUGAUGGCUUAUUCUUGGACGGGCAUCCACUGCAAGUGGAUGAAUCCAGCAUGACUGGAGAGAGUGACCAUGUAGAAGUUAAUAGUAGCCAGAAUCCAUUUUUGUUUUCUGGAACCAAAGUGGCUGAUGGAUCUGCUCAAAUGCUUGUGACAUCGGUUGGUGUGAACACAACAUGCGGCCAGAUGAUGAGCACAAUCAGCCGCGACACUAAUGACCAAACACCCUUACAAGCCAGACUUAAGAAACUUACCUCAUCAACAGGUAAGGUUGGUAUGGCAAUUGCUUUUCUAGUGCUUGUAGCGUCGUUGGUUCGCUAUUUCAGCGGCAAUACAGAAGAUGAGAAUGGAAAUCAGGAGUUCAUUGGCAGCAACACAAAGGCUGUUGAUAUGGUGAAUUCUGUGGUAAGAAUCAUUGCGGCCGCAGUUACCAUUGUGGUUGUGGCAAUGCCAGAAGGCUUGUCGUUGGCUGUCACGCUCAUUCUUGCUUAUUCAAUGAAGAGAAUGAUGGCUGACCAGACAAUGGUUCGGAAGCUCUCUGCCUGUGAGACCAUGGGCUCUGUCACUACCAUUUGUACCGACAAAACAGGCACUCUCACUCUGAACCAGAUGAAGGUGAUAAAAUUUUGUCUUGGCCAAGAACCUAUUGAAGCUUUCUCUUCAAUUUCAACAAAUCUUCUCAACCUCAUCCAACAAGGAGCUGCUCUAAACACAUCUGGUAGCGUUUACAGGGCUACUUCAGGAUCUAAGUUCGAGUUAUCUGGUAGUCCAACUGAAAAAGCAAUUCUUUCAUGGGCUGUACUGGAACUUGAUAUGGACAUGGAGAUAUUGAAGCAGACUUGUACCAUUCUCCAUGUUGAAGCCUUCAAAUCGGAGAAGAAAAGAAGUGGGGUUUCAAUAAGGAGUAAGGCCGAUAACACAAUCCAUGUGCACUGGAAGGGAGCAGCAGAGAUGAUACUAGCAAUGUGUUCGAGGUACUAUGAUGCUUCUGGAAGCAUGAAAGAUAUGGAUGAUGAUGAAAGGAUGAUAUUUGAGCAAAUAAUUCAAGGUAUGGCGGCUAGCAGCCUUCGCUGCAUUGCUUUUGCACAUAUACAGAUUUCAGAGGAAGAGCAUGAAAUUGGUGUAGGUCUGCAAAAGCUGAAAGAAGACAGCUUGACCCUUAUAGGACUGGUAGGGAUAAAGGACCCAUGUAGACCAGGGGUGAGAAAGGCUGUGGAAGACUGCCAAUGCGCUGGAGUGAACGUCAAAAUGAUUACCAGUGAUAAUGCAUUCACUGCAAGAGCCAUAGCCACUGAAUGCGGAAUACUAAAACCUGAUCAAGGCAUGACCAAUGAAGCAGUAGUUGAAGGUGAAAUAUUUCGGAACUACACCCUAGAGGAGAGAAUGGAGAAAGUUGAUAAAAUUCGUGUAAUGGCUAGAUCCUCUCCCUUUGAUAAACUUCUCAUGGUACAGUGCUUGAAACAGAAAGGUCAUGUUGUUGCAGUGACAGGUGAUGGCACAAAUGAUGCACCAGCAUUAAAGGAAGCUCACAUAGGACUUUCUAUGGGGAUACAGGGCACUGAAGUUGCUAAGGAGAGCUCAGAUAUCAUCGUCUUGGAUGAUAAUUUUACUUCUGUUGCUACAGUUUUGAGGUGGGGCAGGUGUGUCCAUAACAGUAUCCAGAAACUCAUCCAGCUCCAGCUCACAAUGAAUGUUGCAGCCCUUGUAAUCAACGCUGUGGCAGUAGUUUCAGCUCGUGAAGUUCCCUUUACAGUGCUGAAAUUAUUGUGGGUGAGCUUGAUCCUGGACACGUUAUGUGCUCUAACUCUUGCUACAGGGCAGCCCACCAAGGAUGUCAUGGAGGAGCCAUCCGUGAGCCAGACUCAGCCACUUAUUACCAACAUAAUGUGGAGGAAUAUAUUAGGCCAAGCAUUAUAUCAGAUAGUCCUCGUCUUGACCUUACAGUUUAGCGGAGAGUCGAUCUUCGAUGUUAACAAGAGGGUAAAGGAUACAUUGAUCCUCAAUACUUCAGUGCUAUGCCAGGUUUUCAAUCAAGUGAAUGCAAGGAAGCUGGUGAAGAAGAAUGUGUUUGGGGGGAUGCAUAGAAACAAGUUGUUUUGGGGGAUGAUUGGGAUAACCAUUAUACUUGAGGUGGUAGUGGUAGAAUUUUUAAAGAAAUUAGCGGAUACAGAGAGGUUGAGUUGGGCACAAUGGGGUGCAUGCAUGGGGAUGGCAGCCCUAUCUUGGCCGGUCGGAUGGGUUGUGAAGUGCAUCCCUGUUUCAGACAAACCAUUUCUCAGUUACCUAAAUUGGUAG